AUGAACCGGUGGAACGAUUUUGUGAUUGGGACAGAGGAGAAACGGCGAAACAGAGAUAAGUUCGACUUGUUGACCACUGUUCAUAAGGCGGAAUACGGCAGAAUCCAGCGCCCCCUCAACAAGAAAACUGGGCAGCCCAUCGAACCGGCUCAUAAGUUUGAGGUCAACCUUGAGGGCGAUAGUUUCACGAAAGAGAAGUACGAUGUCUUUCUCAAGUACCAGUUGCAAAUCCACAAAGAUCCUGCCUCGCGCUGGAAAGAAUCUGCCUUCAAGCGAUUCCUCUGCGCUGGUCUUGAUCGUAAAAUAUUGAAGAUGAAUGGCAAGACGCUCAAACUGGGUUCUUAUCAUCAGUGCUACCGUUUGGAUGGUAGACUGGUCGCGGUUGGAGUUCUCGACCUCCUACCCCAUGCCGUCAGCUCUGUCUACCUGUUCUAUGAUCCCGAGUUCGCGCACUGGGAUUUUGGAAAGAUAAGUGCGCUUCGCGAGAUAGCACUAGCUCUGGAGGGCCACUACGAGUACUAUUAUAUGGGCUACUAUAUCCAUUCUUGUAUCAAGAUGCGGUACAAAGCCCGUUUCGGUCCAAGCUAUCUGCUCGAUCCCGAAAGCUUCGAAUGGAAUCUAUUCGAUGACAAAUAUCGCAGCGAACUUGACAAGCGAAAAUAUGUGUGCCCAUCGCAUGACCGCAAGUAUGGCAUUGCUUCAAACGAAACCCAUGACUCGGCAACAUCGAACACAGCAUCAUCAGAUGCAGAGAUCCCCGAAGGAUCACUGUUUGAUUUCCAGAUCCCCGGCGUGCUCUCCAAAGACGAGGUGAAACGUCUCGAUCUGGAUCACUGGCGUUUGCUCGUGAGAAAUGCUCUUAUCGAGCUAGAGGAUCUCCGCGGUUGGGAGGACUGGAAAAUUGAUGACCCAGGUUCAAUCAAGGGCAUUGCUGCAGAACUGAUUGCAGCAACAGGCCCCAAGCUGCUUCAAAAUUCAGCACUUGCUCUGUUCUGA